AUGGUUCCGAAUAAAAUGUUUGGUACAGACAAUGUUGACUUUCCACCUUCAAUGAUGGAUAUUACUGAUGAUUUUGGCAAUGUACAAACACCACAAUCAUUUUCAAAUGUCUUUCAAGAUGCAUUUCGUUCAUCAAAUUCAGCAGAAGAUUAUAUCAUCAUGGAAGUCUGUCGUCAAUUCCCAUUGCCAAUUCUACAAUAUAUAUGCAUCUCAAUUGAUAGUGCACAAAUUGCUACAACAACAACAACCGGAAAUAGUAUUUCUACCUUUUAUAUACAAAUAGUAUUAAGAAAAAUUGUAAACAAGAAGAUAUGGUUUCUUGAUAAAGUGACCGGUGACCAAUGUAACUAUGAUGUAACUCAUAAUGAUUUAGCAUGGAACGAGUACAUUAAAAAAGAUCGUGUUUUCAUUGAAAUCGGUGAUUUUCAAUCAAAUAAAGUUCGAACACGUCCCGGUGAUUGGUCUUCCAGUGCAUUUGUUCGUGCACAAAAAAAAAAAAAAAAACAAAUUACCAAUUGUAAAAUAGUAACAAGUAGAACUUGA